CUCGAUGAUGUAGCAAUCCUGUGGGGUUUUGACUCGUCUUCAUAUUUUAAUUUAGACAACACUCAACCAGCCUCCCCAACUUUAAAAGCCACGUGAUUGGGUACAAUGGUGGUACUCUGACAUAGUUUUGGGCACUCUGAUUGGCCUGUAUUGUGCAAUGGGGUGGAUCGAUGACGCGGCUUCUUCUCUGACAAGAAAUACGCCAUUUUGUCGUAAAGCUGAAGAGGAGCGAGAGAAAGAUCUAGAAGUCGCUUCCUGAGGUUUUAGAGCCAUUCUUAAAAGCACUGACAACAAGCUGAUGUGACAGUCUGCACUCUGCGGCGCGAAUAUGAUGUCACCAUAACAGCAAAACCUGUUGUUUAUACAAAUCAAACUACAAUGGGGAAUAUAAUUGGGAACCUGUUUAAAGGCCUUUUUGGGAAGAAGGAGAUGAGAAUUCUGAUGGUGGGGUUGGACGCAGCCGGAAAAACAACAAUCCUUUACAAACUGAAAUUGGGAGAGAUUGUAACUACCAUCCCCACAAUAGGUUUUAAUGUAGAGACAGUCGAAUACAAGAACAUCAGCUUUACAGUGUGGGAUGUAGGCGGUCAAGAUAAAAUCCGACCUCUCUGGCGCCAUUACUUCCAGAACACACAAGGUUUAAUUUUCGUGGUUGACAGUAAUGACAGGGAGCGAGUAAACGAGGCGAGAGAAGAGUUGACGAGAAUGCUUGCAGAGGAUGAACUGCGGGACGCUGUGUUGCUUGUUUUUGCAAACAAACAGGACCUCCCCAACGCCAUGAACGCUGCUGAGAUCACAGACAAGCUGGGGCUGCACUCCCUGCGCAACCGGAACUGGUACAUCCAGGCCACCUGCGCCACCAGCGGUGACGGCCUCUAUGAGGGGCUCGACUGGCUCUCCAACCAACUCAAAAACCAGAAAUGAUCCAUUCCAUUGGCCGUGUGAGACGGCAGCACCAGUCCCGGCCCCUCCACCCACUUGGGGCCCUGGCUGGUACAGCCCUGCAUAUAUGUGUGUGUGUGUGCGAGUGUGUCUGCGUGUCUUUGAGCUCUGAGUGGGAGCAGCCCUCGUGCACUGUGCCUUACACCUCCUGUGGAAACAGUAUUGCAGUUUUCUAAAGAACACUACCUGCCUUUUUGUCUCUAGCUAUGGAAAUUUUUUACUUGGGCAUUGAAAUUUACUGGGUGUACUGGCAGUCAGUCAAGAAUAGAUUUUAUUACAACAAACUUGGUGUCCUCUUUCUAUGACGACUAUGAUUGAACAGGGCUGUAGGAAAGAGUGUCUACCAGUUCAUGAUUGCCGGUUAAUAGAACAGUCCAAGUUUUUAUUGUAAUGUAGGGAUAGAAAAAUAACUGUCUGCCAUUUCAAGACUUGCAGGAUCUCUAGUCAUUUUUCCUUUCUAACUAGCAAAGUUACUUGCGCAUAAAAAACUUAGAAGAUUGGACAUCCUUUUGGGCCCUUUUUAUUUUGGUAAACUAAUCUUUUAAAAGCCCCUUUUUGAAGGUAUAGUCAUCUGACCUAUUGGACACUCUAUUCCAAAUGUUUCACUAGAUAUAAAGAUUUUGUUAUUUCUCCAUCUGUGAUCUGUUUUUUGUAUUAAACACUAGAAUUAUUAUUAUUAUUAUUAUUUAUUAGCAGAUGCCCUUAUCCAGGGCGACUUACAUUUGUUACAAGAUAUCACAUUAUACAUUAUUUCACAUUAUACAGGUAUCACAUUAUUUUUACAUACAAUUACCCAUUUAUACAGUUGGGUUUUUACUGGAGCAAUCUAGGUAAAGUACCUUGCUCAAGGGUACAACAGCAGUGUCCCCCCACUGGGGAUUGAACCCACAACCCUCCUGUCAAGAGUCCAGAGCCCUAACCACUACUCUACACUGCUACUCCAGAAUGCAGCAAUGUUACAUGUUGAAGAAUAUACAAUGAACUGUGCUUGAUUAUUCUUGACCAUGCACUUUGUGAUUUAUUAUUAAGGCAUAGAAACCUAGAAUGAUGGUCUUCUGCAAAGGAUUAUUUUAAAUUCUCAUAGUAUUUUCAGAAACUACUACCUUUUUUUUUUUGUAAACUGCUGCGUACAGAGAGGUUUUCCAAUUAUAUGGGGGUGGGACAGAGGAGGGGAUUGUAGUUUAAAAAAGAAAAGCAGAGAAAGUGUGUCACAUAUUUGAGGUACAGCUCGCUGAAUUCCUGUUGCCACACUGCCUGCCUGUAAGCCAGAGAUCCUAAAAAAAUAUUAUGGGUGCACAAAGGCCUUGGGGUGGUAAGGCCUUUACAGAGAGCUGCUGCCACUCUUGUUUUCGUACAGAAUACCUGACUCCCAGAUGGGCUUGCUGCUGGGAAGGAAGGUGUACAGUUGCAUCUAAUUGCAAAUCUAACCAAUUUGUCUUGAUUUGGGGUAGUUACUGGAAUGGGGUGGGGGUUGUGAAACUAUGACCUUAAUGCAGUGUUUGUGUGUCUCUUGGAACUGCACUGAAAGUCUGGUUUGAGCUGCUGUAGGAUGGCUUGCAAAAAGUAUAGUAUUUGGCCCACAAUGUCAUUAAAAAAUGAAAUUGCAUACAACAAAGAAUGUUGUGUUUCAAAGAAGACAAUCCGGACAUGCUGUACCAAUGACUGAUGGCAUCGGCACAAAGAUUCCAUUUACAUGUUGUCAUGUUCACAGCUGAAGGAUGUGUUUUGGCCUUAGUUGUGCUGGGAACAUAACAGACCUGAAUUGGGGCAAAUACCCUCAAGUAGCAACAUGGCUAUCAUCAAAAAAACAAUUACAACAUAUGUAUCGGCUGUACGGAGAGAAAAACUACUCCUGUAUUGUAGAAUACAGACUGAAAAAUCUCUUCACAAAACACUCGUAAGUGUCAAUGGAUGGCAAAUAUGAUCUUCUGUUGCACAGAGGAUGAUGAUUUGUUGCGUGGGAAACUGAUUCAGGCAUGUAGUCAAACAAUUUGAUGGUGCAUCUAAUUUUAUUUAUUAAUUGCAUUUAUAUAGCUUUUUUAUACAAAAGUAUCGCAAAGCACUGUACAGUACAUAGCAGAAAAAAAAUAACAAACCACCUAUAUUUGUUUAGCAUGUCACACUAGAACUGUCACAAUCGGACCAUUUAAAUAACAGAUUUAAAUAACUUUAUGCAGACUCAAAAGCAGCAAUUUUAAAGUUACGUUAAAAUCCACUAAGAUAAGAAAGCCAUUUUAUAAAAGUGUGUUUUUAGUCUCGACUUCAAAACUGUAACGGUCCCAGCUUCCCAACCAAACGAAGGAAGAGCAUUGCAUAAUUUUGGAGCUCUACAAGAAAAAGCCUUACCUCCUUUGUUGACGCUAGGAAUAACCAACAGCCCUGUAUCCUGUGAUCAGAGUGCGGUUUGGAAGACACAGGGUUAGUAAUUCCUGCAAAUAACUAGGUGCUAAUCCAUGCAGGGCCUUGUAAGUUAACAAUGAAAUCUUAAAAUCAAUUCUAUACUGCACGGAGCCAGUGUAAAGAGGCCAAAACGGGUAAUAUGUUCACUAUUCCUGGCUUUAGCCAGAAUUCUAGCGGCAGUAUGUUGAACAAGGCAAGUGGGAUACCACACGUUUUGGGACACCAGAAAAAGUGGAUUACAAUAAUCAGUUCUAGAUGAAACAAAGGCAUGCAUUAGUCUCUCUGCAUCAGAUAUGGAAAUAAUUGGCUUGGCUAUAUUUCUCAAAUUGUAAAAAUAUAUUUUCCUAAUAUGAGUCUCAAAUGAGAGAUCAGGAUCAAAGAUGACCCCCAAACUCUUAACUUCAGUAGGAUGGAAUGGUCUACAGUAUCAAAGGCAGCACUUCGAUCUAGAAGAAAUAAAAUGAUGGAGCCUGAGUCAGCUUAUCAGCAGAUCAAGAGCUGUCUCGGUGCUAUGUGCAGCACGAAAACCAGACUGAAACUUAUCGAAAUAUACCAUUAAGAUUUUAUAAGUGUUUGUAAUUGAAUUGUAACAACUCUCUCUAGAACCUUAAGUAGUAGGUUGGAAAUUGGGCAUAUAGAUAGUUAUUGAACUGAGGAUCCAAAUAGUGUUUCUUAAGCAUAGGCUUUACCACAGCUACUUAAAUGCUGAGGGAACUAUACCAUGUAGCUAGAAACAUCCUAGUAUUGCAGAUCUGGAGCAGAUGGUAGACAGUUAUGCCCACAUUGCCUCUGUCCUUUUGGUAUUUGGGAUACCAAAGAUGUAUGUCAAACCCAAGGUCCUACACAUGAACACCAUGUCCUUGAUGCUAGACUGGAUUCAGAGGACCAGCAAGGUCAGGAUGGUUAAGCACUACCUGCUGGUUAUGAUAGUCAGCCCAUGUCUUCACAGCUAGGCCCAUUAGUCAUCCUGGACUGGGUCAGGUGGUAAGGUAAUGGCUGCUUACUUUCCUUCAUAGUACACAUGAUACUACAGUGCAAUGUUUUAUUCAAUUCGGGUGUAGGCAAAAAUAUACCCUUAUUUCAAGCCAUCACUUGCUGAAAGUCUGUCUUGCUGAGCAGAGAUGGGGCAGAGGGCACAUUGUGUUUUGAUCAAAAGAAAUAUAAUUGUCUAGUUCUCAGUCCAGAUUUUCACUGUAAACCAUAUUGUAUAUCAGUGUUGUAACAAGGUACUGAAAUAUCUUGAAACUGCAUCCACAUGCUUUUCCCAACUUUUAAAUCUCCCUUUAUUUGAAAACGACUCCUGUUAUAGCUUGCGACCAUCAGAAAGCAGAUGACUUUCACAAAACUAAAAUACAAACUGUUUCCACUGGUUUGAAGACCAAAACCAUAUGCCUUGUUGUACUGUACUCUUCUAAGCAGGACAGGAAUACUGAUACUGCAGUUCAUUUCCAAGAACACCAACUUCCAAAACUGAAAUAAACUGUCAAAGAUACUAUAUGAGUCAAGUUCUACAUUUUUUAACUUUAUAAACUAGGCAGUAUUUCAAAUACCAUUGUUAUAAAUGUGAAGCUUUAAGUUUGAAACCCCUUUCUGUAUAAAUUGACUUGUACAAAACGUGUGCAGAUAUGAUUUUUUUUUUUUUUUCUAAAACCUGAUCUGAUUCUUGGAUUUUUAACCAUGUUGUAACUUGUCUGAGAAAUGCACUAUAAUAAAUAGAGAUCUCUAUUCAA